AAGGUUAACUUCACUCUGUUGCCUUGAAUACAACGCUGUACUUUGACCUUACCGACAUUUAAGAACUGAAGAAAAGGCAAAAAGAUGACCUGCAUUCAUUCAAAUAAAUCACAUGAAGAUUCUUGCCAUGUACUUGAUUUAAAUGAGCCAAUUAUUGACCAUGCAGAAGGACAACUCUUCUUGAAUGAAGCGUUCAAAAUUUUAAUGGAAGAGGUUCUCUGCAAAGGCACAGAUGCCAAACAAAAGGUUUGUAGGUAUGAGGAGCCAGAGGUGCUGGCUAAGAUUUUGGACCUGGAGUUAAGGGAGGCAGGAGAGCCUCAUGAGAAGCUGCUACAGAGAGUUAGAGAUGUUGCUACUUACAGUGUUAAAACCUGUCACCCACGUUUUUUUAACCAACAGUUUUCUGGCGUUGACUACCACUCUUUGGCAGGGCGAUUUCUUUCUGAGAGCCUUAACACUAAUCUUUUUACAUAUGAGGUGGCACCUGUGUUUGUGCUAAUGGAGAAUGAGGUCCUGAGAGCAUUGCGUUUCCUUGUGGGGUGGACUGAAGGAGAUGGGCUCUUCUGUCCUGGGGGCUCCACCUCGAACAUGUUUGCCAUGAAUCUGGCACGGUACCAACUGUAUCCGGAUGUCAAAACCAAGGGGCUGUGGAGCUUGCCACAACUUGUUUUAUUUACAUCUCCAGAAAGUCACUACUCUGUGAAGAAAGGAGCGGCUUUUCUGGGAAUCGGCACUGAUAAUGUCAUCCUUGUGGACGUGGAUGAUGGAGGCCAUAUGAUUCCAGAGGACUUAGAAGAAAAGAUAAAGUCUGCUAUAGCCCAAGGGGCAGUGCCAUUUCUUGUGAGCUGCACUUCUGGAACCACUGUCCAAGGUGCUUUUGACCCUCUUGAUCGCAUCGCUGAUGUUUGUGAAAAGCACAAUUUGUGGAUGCAUGUCGAUGCUGCAUGGGGUGGAAGCGUGCUUUUUUCAAAGCAGCACAGACACCUGAUGAAAGGAGUUGAGAGAGCAAAUUCAGUGGCCUGGAAUCCCCACAAAAUGCUCACAGCUGGUCUUCAGUGCUCUGUUUUGCUUCUACAAGACACUACGAAUUUGUUAAAGAAGUGCCAUAGUGCCCAUGCCUCCUACCUCUUUCAGCAAGAUAAGUUUUAUGAUGUGGAUCUCGAUAUAGGGGAUAAAUCUUUGCAAUGCAGUCGUAAGGUAGAUUGCCUUAAGUUGUGGUUAAUGUGGAAAGCUGUGGGUUCCAGUGGAUUGGCAGAGCGAGUCAACAAGGCUUUUUCUAAUGUUAGAUAUCUGACGGAGAAGAUGAAGAAAACAGAGGGAUUCAAAAUUUUGAAUGAGCCUGAAUUUGUGAAUCUAUGCUUUUGGUACAUACCUCCCAGUCUGAGGGGAAAGGAACUAAAUGAAGAUUAUCAAGACCGCCUAGCAAAGGUGGCACCAGUCAUAAAAGAGCGCAUGAUGAGACAGGGCUCAAUGAUGGUUGGGUACCAACCUCUGGGAAACAAGGUCAACUUUUUCCGUGUGACUGUGUUCUCCCCACUAGUUUCCACGAAAGAUUUGGACUUUUUUCUGGAUGAAAUUGAACGACUUGGGAGAGAUUUGUAGCUGAAAGAACAGUUGACUAUUUCUCAUUUAGACAUUUUUGCCUAAAACAUUUAUUUUGAUGUUAGUUGUAAUUAGUUGAUUCUAGGAAUAAUUUGUAUUAAUAGAGUUUAUUAAUUCUGACAACUACUGACAUCUAAUUUUGACUUUUGUAGGCUACAAUAUAGGCAAUUAGAGCAGUAAUAACGUGCUUUAGCCUCAUAACCUAUAAUUGAACUACUAGUUAACAUAUGCACAUUGCUUCUUUGAUUAUAUAAAAAUGUAC